AUGAUGAUGAAGUGGACUCUCCUCGUGGCCGCUGCCGCUUCCUUGGUAGCCGCUGCUCCCAUCACCCCCAACGGCCCUUGCGCCGAUUCUAAGGUCGAUGCCAUCCUCAAGGGCGAAAUGGAUCCUUCAGAGUGCUGCUCUUACGGGGUUUGCAAGGGCGAUGUGGUCGUCUCCGUUGGCUAUUAA